AUGGGAAUGUCUUCUUGGUCUUCAGAUUUUAAAGAACAAUCAAGGUUGUGUGAUGAUCUAGACUGUGAUAUGGAUUAUUUACUCUCUGGAAGGUAUGAAAGACUGGCAUCGGCCAAUACCACUGUCCAUUGUAAUUCUGUACAGUCUGCAUUUGCUUUACCAAAAUCAACAAACUCAUCCUUUUGCUCACCAAAUCAGAUAUAUCCAAUAAAUUCAAUAUUCCCUUGUAGAAAAGUCAUUACAUGCUCAUGUCGGUGCUGUGAUCCAUUCUCAGAUAACCUCAGUCAUAUGACAAGUAGAAGUAUAAACCAAGUACAUGAUAAAAAUAUUGACUUUCCGAGUAUUAUUAUGAAUGAUAAUGAUGUUGAUGUUGAUAAUGGCGACGAUGAACAGCCUAAAUUAAAUUUAACUGAUCCAUUAAUGACGGAUAUUGCGGCUGGCGAAUUAGAUAACUCACCUAAUUCAUGUCAUGAAUAUGAUACGUUACUUAUGCUUCCUUCCUCAUCAUCAUCUUCUACAUCAUCAAUUGGAUACAUCAAUAAUCAUUGUAAUUCCAUGUGUUCAAGUCCUACAGAAAUGGAUUUCUUAAAUUCAUCCACUUCUUCAUUUGCUAAUAAUUGUAACAAUAAUAAUAAUAUUAAUAAUUGUUAUAGUACAAUAUCUCCUAUUGAAUGUUCUUCAUCAUCGUCAAAUAGUUCUUGUUGUUCAUUUAAAUCACAACAAUGCUACAAUUGUAUAAACUCAAUUCAGGUGAAUAAUCAUUUAAAUAAUGAUAAUGUAUCAUCAAAAUCUAAUAAUUCUGCAACUACUGCUAUUAGUAGUAGUAAUAGUAGGGCUACUACUAUUACUAAUUCCGUUGAUACUAUUGCUCCAGAUAGUACUGUUAUUAUUUCUACUUCUAAUCCAUAUGUGAAACUGUUUACAAGUUCAAAUAGUUCACUUAUUGAUAAUCAAACUCAACCACAUAUUUCAUCAUUAUCAAUGAGAACUAGUAAACCUGUAUGGCAAAUGAAAUUCACACGUAAACAGUAUGUUUAUAAUCGUACAAUUGUAAAUAGCAGUUCGUCCAUUGCAUCAUUAACACGGUCUCGUCAGUUGCAUCAUCAUCAUCAAAACAACCACUACCAUCAACAACAAUUACAUCAUUAUUAUCAUCAAUCUAAACGUCGUUUCUCUUCCUUAUCAAAGAAAUCAUUUCCUGUAAAUAAUAAUCAUAUUGAUCAAAUCUAUAAUUCGCAUCCAAUUUCAAUGCAUUAUGAUUAUUCUCUUAGUAAUAGUGAUAUGGUACAGCAAUUACCAUCUAAUCAAACUGUUACGUCAUCUCAAGGACAAACUGUUCAAUAUCCUACUCAUGAUUUAUUAUCCACUUAUACAUUUCAGUUAUCUCCAUCAAUUUCAAAUAAUCAAAGAGAAAAGUUAUUCUAUAAUAAUAAUAAUAAUAAUAAUAAUAAUAAUAAUAAUAAUAAUAAUAAUAAUAAUAAUAAUACUAUCGACAAUAAGAAUGUUGAGGGUACUGUAAAUAUUCUAGAAAGUGAAGAAAAUAGUCUUAUGUAUACACCUGUUCCAAUGAGAAAAGAACAUAAUGAAUCAUCGUCCAUUCGACCGUCAUCAUCAUCAUUAUCUUCAUUUUCAAUAACACCAACACUAACUAGCAAUAGUACUACUAAUUCUGUAACAUGUAAAAACCAAUCUAAAACUAAUUCAAUCCAUCAUUCUAUAAAUAUAUCUAAUCCUGUUCAUAAACGUUUGCAUUUGUUACAAUUUAUUAGUAAACUUUUACAAUAUUCUUCUGAUUCAUCAACAUCAUCUUUAACGAAUUCCACAAAUUCAUCGUCAUUGUCAUCAUCAUCAUCCUCUGCAUUCCUUUCAUCAUUAUUUCCUACAACAUCUACAAGUUCAUUUUGUUCAAUUAAUCAACAACCGGAUGAAUUUAUACUACAUUUAUUCAAUCCUAAUUCACAAUAUCUUAAUUGUGUUCAGUGGAUUGAUAAACAAGCACGUAUUUUUCAAAUAAGAAAUCCACAAAAGUUAUCACAAUUAUGGGGAUAUUAUCGUAAAAAUGUGAAUAUGACUUUUGAAUCGGUUAGUCGUAGUUUAAGAUUGUAUUAUGUCUCUGGGAAAUUAGAACGUAUCCGUGGUCAACGUAAUCAAUAUCGUUUUUUAGACGUAAAUGCUUAAAUUACACAAUUACAUAAUAUUCAUUUAUGAUUUUUUUUCCUCGCUAGUUUACAGCAUCCCGUCUUCUGCACUAUCAUUUUCUUCAUUUACCCUUUCUUACUUUUCUCUCGUGUUUUUGUUGAAAAUUUUCUAGAACUAUUUUUAGUGAGAAAAAGAUUAGCAUAUAAAAUUUUAAGAAGCAACCUACUUUGUAUAUUUUCAUUUAUGAUCUGUGUCACAUUGCUUUGUCUGUUGGAUUAUUACUAUUAUUGUUAUUAUUAUUAUCGUAACUAUUCCUGUUGGGGUGGCCUAUAGCUCUUCCACUAAGAGUAACAGGCUUAAAUGAGUAUUUUAACUAUGGAUACACGCACAUAUUCUGCCAGUUCACGUAACACAUACACAUUAAAAUUCUUCUUUACAACUUUAUUAUAUGAAAUUGUCUUUCUUAUUGAUUUCACUCAGAUAAAAUGAAAUAAGUAUUGAAUAUUAUUUUUUAUUAUUUCCAUUGUUACUAUCAUUCUUUCUUAUGAUUAUUUUCUUUGUCUUUGUUUAUUCAAUAUUAUAAACGUCCAUAGUGAUGAUAUUAGUUGUUAGGUUGUUUUGUCUAUUAUUAUUAUUAUUUCAAAGUACACAAUAAUUUCCACUCCUUUCUUUGUCUUUCCAUCAAUUCUAUUUACUAUAUUUAAAAAAAGAUAAACCUCUGCCUUAGUAACAAGAAUUAAUUACUAGAGAAAAACAUUUUUUUUAAAAAAAAGAAAAGAAAAUCUGACAAUGUAUUUUCAUCUUGAUUCAUAUUUCUACUCUUUUUUUUUCUUUCUAAUUUCAUAGCGAAAGUAAGGCAAACAAAUUCAAUAUUCAAGGUUUUAGUCAAAUAAAUAACAUGAAUGAUAAUUUAAAAAAUAGCAGUCAAUUUUAUUUUUCUUGCCAAAUAUAUAAAUAUACAUAUUUAAAUUUCAAUUAAUUUGUG